AUGGCCGCCGUGCCGCCGGGGCGGGAGCUGUGCCCGCACUGCCGCAGGCCCUUCAAGCGGCUCCGCACCCACCUUCCGCACUGCAAGGCCGCACCGAGCCCAAGCCUAGGCCCUGGCCCGGCCGCCGGGCCUCCCGCGCCCGGGAGCCACUCCGGCUCGGACGGAGCCGACCCCGGGGCAGGCAGCAGGCCGCGAGCGGGAGCGGCCGGUAAGAGCAGCAAGCAGCCGCCCGGUCCCGGCGUGGGGCAGGGGCUGCCCAGCGCGGCCCUCCGAGAGGCGGCGGCGGCGCCGGGACGCGCGGAAACGGCUGCGGCGGCCCGGAAAGGGAAGAAGGCCGCGGCGGAACAGGGGGCAGGGCCCGGCCCCGGGCUUUGCCAUCAGCCCGACGGACGCCGCGCAGAGCGGGAGGUGGAGCCCGCCGUACGGGACGUAGCCAAGUCCCUUGAUUUGCUCCCCGAGGACGUUAAAGAUAUACCCGAAAAGCUGAGUAACGGAGUGGAAAUAGUCAUAGAGAGGCACCGCGCCAGGGUCAUCAGGGAGAAGAGCGGUUCCAGGAGCAGGGGCGCUUCGGCGGGAGGCCACAGCACAGCCAGGCCGGCUGGGGAAGGGCCGGAUGCAGGCAGCGGUGCUGCCCACGCUGGCACGGCCCAGCCUGGCGCACAGGAAGGAAUAACUGUUGCAGAAACCACAACCGCAGAGACACGCGGCCGUGGAGCUGCAGAGAACAAAUCUGCAGGCUCAAAGGGAGAAAAAGGCAGUAGGUUAAAGGCAAUAAAAAUACCUGUACUUGAAGAGCCCCCUGAAGCAGACUGCAGAAGUAGCCCUGGUGACCUUGUUCAGCAGGAGGGAAUAGACAAAACCGUGACAGAAGAGAAACAGAUGUACCUAGAAGUUGGUGGGGAAUAUAAAGCCCCUCUUUCUGCUUUGCAUACCGAGAACCUCCAUCUGUCAGUGAUAGAGGGUUUCAGAGGUCACAACAAAGGGACAUCCAAAAAUUACCUAACCAGCAUACAAAAGCUCAGAGAGAGCAAGAACCAGAUGGCUGUAGAUUCUGAGCCCAUCCUGAAUGCAAAGAAGAACGCCGAGCUGGCACUGGACCAGUUCUUGCUCCACACCUCCAAAAACCAACCCAUCUGUCUAUCCCAGGCCUCUGGCAAGAGCAUGCAGGCAGGUGCCAUGGGCUUGGAGUGGUUUCCAGACUUACAUCCUAAUUAUUACGGGCUGAGUAUUUUUCCAGGGAAGCCUUUCCAAGACAACGUGGGGAUCACAAUGAAGACAAAGGGCAGUUUCUCAGAGGGACAGCAAGGUCCCCUCUCAGAAAGGCGCCUGAUGGAUGUAAGGCUGGGGGAGCUGCCUGUGUGGCUGGCCACCCGCAACUUUUCUCCCCAGGGGCUGCUUGGAGGAUUGCAGAAAGCCUGGAGCAGCUAUUACGACAAAUACAUCAACGUGAAGAGGGGUGGACCAGCUGGGAUCUCCAUGCUGCUGGCUGGAUACUGCCUCCUCAGUUACGGCUGGAACUAUCAGCACAUCAGGUGUCAUCGCUGGCGUAAAUACCACUGAAGAAGCUGGAACAGCACCCAAGGAACAGUCACAAAUAUAUGGAAGUCAGCAGAAGUGCUCAGGACCAUUAUCCCAAUGUGGAUUGAAGUCAGUAGAGGCCCGUUUACUGUCAGAGAAAGGCUCUUGAGCUGUUGAGGGGGUUGCUUUCCAGCUACCCCCCCCUGCAGACAGAGGGGUGACACUGACAGAGUCACUGCUCUGCAGUUCAGGCAGUAUUUAGUACUGAAAGAAGAAAGUGUUAGAGCCGCCCCUCAGAGAUCUGUUUGCAGUAGAGUUCCUGUAGUCUGCAGAAGCUCAGAUCUCUCACUUUGGGACACCAGACAGGACAACUGUUUGACCCAGGCUGUUCUAUAGAUUAACUGACACGUACAUUGUAAUCAGUGUUUGGCAGUAAGGUUUGCGAUGGAUUGUGACAGGGUGACGUUAGGCAAAUAACCAUUCCCUUUAAGUUAGCGGAGUUGUGCCCGGCACAGCCCAUCUUUUACUCACCCCUCUCCACAGCAAGCACGAUGGGGUUUGCUACCAACUGGCAGAAGGGUGGUCCCUGCAGGGCCCUGGGCCACUGCGUCACUGUGGGAAGAACUUUUGUGAAGGCAUUAAAGCUGCAGCGCUCAGACCGCAGCGCCCUAUUUCUGGAGGAAGAAAAAUCCAUUGAAUUAGUUGUUGUGCCCAAAGGGCAAACCGAUGUCUGCAUCAGACAAAUGAGGACAGUUAGAGUGCUAGUUGUAGCCUGCCAUCACCAAACAUGUCUGGAAAAGGGUUGGUCAUGGUACAGGCAUGAAGGGUAAAAAAAAAAAAAAGCCAAGGAAAAAAUAUCUGAACUCUUUAUUUAAAGAGCAGUGCAGUAGUACCGUGUCAGAGGUGUUUCACCAAAAACUCCCUCUCACCAGCAAUAAAAGCCUUUGUGAA